AUGGAAAAAAUAAACUUCGAGUUUUCCCCUAAAGACAUCCCCCUCCAUAGUAAAGAUGAGUAUUAUUGGCUACUCAUUCACAGGAUAAACGAUUUCAUUAGAAGGAUUAGAUGGAGAACAUACCACUUCGAUAUCAAACAUAGAAAGAAUACGAAACGAAGGAUUACUAAUAAGAAGUUCGACAGAAUAUUUAGAAGCAGGAAGAGCCCACCUCCAAAUCCACUCCUUGAUAAUUUUGAAAAAGACCUACUCAACCUCAUAGAAAGAAUUAAAUUCAAGGAUCACCCGUUAAGAUAUAAUCACCACCUCAAGCAUCUCAGUAAAUUUAUAAAAUCGACUCGAAACAAGAAAGGAAUAUUAGUACCAGCUGACAAAACGGGCAAUUUUUAUAGAGUAGACUAUUCACUCUACAGCAAUCUAAUUAACAAGGAGCUUAACUCCAAAUACAAAACUACUACCAAAGGAAAAUUGAAGGAAACUAACUUAGAAAUGAAAGCUAUUAUGGAAAAAUAUGAUCUAGCAGACAGAACUGAACCAAUUGUACCAUGCGAACCUAGGAUUAAUCUUAAGGACCAUAAAAAGAAUUUCCUGGAAAACCCGUCGGUAAGACUUAUUUGUCCAACUAAGUCGGAUAUUGGCCGACUUAGUAAAUCUAUCCUAGAUAAUAUCUUACCCCAAAUAACCCCACUUCUUCCCUUAAGCCUGUGGAUAAAUACCGAUGAGGUCCUUAAAUGGUUUAAUUCCCUAACUAAUACGAAUAAUUUAGCCUUCAUUCAAUUCGAUAUAAAUAACUACUACUCUAGCAUUUCCCCUAUCCUAUUAAAUAAAUCGCUUAUAUUCGCGAUGAAUCACUCCCUCAUAUCUAGAGAAGAAAUAAACAUUAUACUUUUAGCUAGAAAAACAUUUAUUGAGUUUGAGGGAAAAUUAUGGACCAGAGCUGAUACCCCUAACUUUUUCGAUAUUCCUAUGGGCUCAAGUGAUUUGGCUGAGAUUUACAACGGCAAACAAAUAUUUAGUAUUGCUGAAGAAUUAUUGAGAACAGCAUCACAGAACAGUCGGCUCUCUCUGCAGCGAACUCAAGCUGGAUGGCUACUUUUGGGAGCCCUCAUGACUCUGGGUCCUGCUGUGGUGCGCAAUCAUCUUCCAAGGAUGCUAUUGCUAUGGAGAAAUGCAUUUCCAAGAUCAACAAAAGAGCUAGAGUCAGAAAAAGCACGUGGAGACUCCUUCACUUGGCAAGUUACAUUAGAAGGACGUGCUGGAGCUCUUGGUACAAUGCAAAGCUUCCUGCAGAACUGUCGAGAAUUGGUAACUGAAGAUGUCAUUCGCAGGCUUCUGGCCCCUCUAGAAUGUGCUCUAAUUAUGCUGUCUCACUUACCAAGUGUUAUUAAAGUUUAUGGCAACCAUUUGAAGGCUCCAUCUGCAAUGGUACGCUUGAGACUGUAUGACGUACUUUCCCUCUUGCCCCCAGAAUCAUAUGAAGCUACCUACACAACAUUGCUACGAGAACUAGUUGCAGAGUUCACAUUGACAGAUAACCCUGCUAAUACUACAACAUCACACUUACGAUCAAUGUGUCAUGUAGAUGAUAGUGUAAUUCUGGGUUCCUGGCUUCAAGAAACUGACCACAAAGCCAUUGAAGAUCAGUAUGAACCUAAUCAUAGACGGGAUACAGAUAAUCUUCAACCAAACAGUGCAUCUGGUUCUGGUGCAUUGGAACAUGAUGCAGCAUCACUCUAUGCGCGCAUACAACCAACUGAUCCUCCUAUUCCUGGUCCACUGCCACUUGGGGUGGCUGUAAUUGACAGUUCAGUACGUUUAUAUGGACUAGUUUUCUACAAAGUAGCCCACAAACACCGUUAUCAGAUGCUGCAACAUUUUAACGAAUGUAUAAAACAAGCAAAAUCUUCUCGACAGCAAGCAGUUCAAAUGAACAUUUUCACUGCAGUUCUGUGUGCUUUAAAGAACCUUGCUGACACAAAGACUAGUCUGGGACCUGAUGAUGUCAAAAAAGCUGCUUUUAAUUUAAUCAUGGGUGCAUUGGGAAGUUCAAAUCCUAUUUUACGUUGUGCUGCUGGUGAAGCACUUGGACGGAUGGCUCAAGUUGUGGGUGAUAGCAGAUUUAUUGCAGAAAUGGCCCAGUAUAGUUUUGACAGGUUAAAAUCUGCUCGUGAUGUUGUAAGUAGAACUGGCCAUUCCUUGGCACUGGGAUGUCUUCAUCGUUAUGUUGGGGGAAUGGGUUCUGGUCAGCAUCUGAAUACAAGUGUUAGCAUCCUCUUGGCACUUGCCCAAGACUUCAAUUCUCCUGUUGUCCAGGUUUGGGCUCUUCAUGCAUUAGCUUUAAUUGCUGAUUCUGGUGGACCAAUGUUUCGUGGUUACGUUGAGCCAACUUUAUCUCUGGUUCUGCAACUUUUACUGACAGUACCACCAGCCACUGUUGAUGUGCAUCAAUGUUUAGGCAAAUGUCUUUCAGCAUUGAUUACUUCCAUUGGUCCCGAACUGCAAGGUAAUAUGGCUUCAAUUGCUGUCGCUCGCCUGUAUUGCCUGAUUUGCUGUGCUGUUAUGCAAGAUCACCCUGAUUCUCUGGUUCAAGCUGAAGCCAUCGCAUGUCUGCAGCAACUUCAUAUGUUUGCACCUCGUCAUGUUAAUCUCACUACUUUGGUGCCACAUCUUAGUGAAAUUUUGACAAGUUCUCAUCUUUUGUUGCGCCGUGCUGCUGUUGCUUGUCUCCGGCAACUGGUGACACGUGAAGCUCGAGAAGUGAGCGAACUUGCUCUUGCUUUGCCUGGAUCUACAUUUGAUUUAGGAAAUAACAGUAAAGAUCCAUCAAAGUCUAUGUAUGAGAGUGGUCUGGAAGGUACUUUGUUCAGCAUGCUGGAUACAGAAGUGGACAAUAAGCUGACCUCAGAUGUCCAAGACACACUCCUCAGUCUCCUACAGUCACUGGCUGUUAGAAAUCUAUCUCGCUGGCUGAUGCUUCUCAAAGAGGUUUUAUCAGCAUCAACUGAUACUAGUAGCACCAUUCAAGAAACUAUUCCUGAGGAAAAUUAUCUGGUUGAGAAAGAUGAAGAAGAUGAUGAUUCUGCUUUGAAAGCAACUGAAACUGAUAUUACCCAUCCAUCUGUUGCCCCAAGAUGGCCCACCAGAGUUUUUGCUACAGACUGUCUUAGAAAAAUCAUUUCAACAUGUGAAGGACAGGAUGGUCAGUUUGAUUUGGUGAAGGCAAGAGAAUUUCGUGAGCAGACUGGAAAGAGUAAUUAUUUAGUAUUACAUCUCUCAGAACUUGUGAGAAUGGCUUUCAUGGCAGCAACCUCAGACAGUAAUCAGUUAAGGCUAGCUGGUCUAGCUGCUCUUCAGGAUAUUAUAUUGAGAUUUGCUGAUGUUCCUGAGCCAGAAUUUCCUGGACAUGUGAUCCUUGAACAAUUCCAAGCUCAGGUUGGUGCUGCUUUACGUCCAGCCUUCUCUCCUGAAACACCUUCUGAUGUGACAGCUGCUGCUUGUGAGGUGUGCAGUACUUGGAUUGGCAGUGGUGUGGCACGGGAUUUGAAUGACUUAAGACGUGUUCAUCAGCUACUUGUAUCCUCACUUGCCAAACUAAAAACUGGCAAAUUUACUCCCUUGCUCUAUAAUGAAAGUGCAUCAACAAUGGAAAAAUUGUCUGUUCUUAAAGCUUGGGCUGAAGUUUAUAUUGUUGCUGUAAAACGUGACAAAGAAAAGGCAGGUGUUAAUGCCAGUUUGAAAUCUGAAGAGUUAGAUGUGCAAGAUUUUCCUGUUGAGAGCCUACUCAGUUUGGUGCAACCAGAGUUAUCAAAUUUAAGUGAGCACUGGAUGUCAGCUUUGAAAGAUUAUGCAUUACUCUCUUUACCACCAGAAUAUUCCAGCCAACUUCCUCCAGAAGGUGGUACAUUCUACCAAGCAGAAACCAUGGAUUCAUCUCGCAUACAUUACAAAAAGUCAUGGCCCCCAAUUCUUUAUGCUUUGUCAAUUUGGUUAAAUGAAGCUGGCUUUUUGAGUGUCAACCUUGAAUUGGGUGGAGAAAGUAACAAAUCAGCCAAAAAUGUCCCACUGACUUCAACAAUGCCAGCCAAUAUGAAACCAGAAGAAGUCAAUGCUGAUAGACUAUAUUUAAUAUUGGGAAUUUGCAUGGAGUCUCUUUGCUGUCCAACAUCUUUGCUUUCUGAGGAAACUGUUAAUACUUGUUUGCGAGCUUUGCAUAUUCUAUUGGAUACGAGAUGGCCAAGAAAACAAAUUGGAGAAGACAUGAUUCUGGCUAAGGAACUGCUUAAUGUGAUGCACAGGAUUCUACUUACAAGAGAAAAUGUUCAGACACAUUUACUGGUCAUGGAAGUUGUAAAACAAGUAAUUAAAGCUAGCCAUGAGAAUCUUGAUAGUGAAGGGAGAAAAACCAAAGAAAAUAGUGUGCAAACACCAAGCAAAGAUGGUAGUACUGAAUCAAUGGAUACCAUUGACAGCAACUAUGUGAUAGGAGAAGGAGGAGAAAGUGGUGAAAUUAUUAAAGGAAAGUCUGUAGUAUAUGCUACUUUAGAAGUUUGUCUGUGUGUUCUUGUGCGCCAGAUUCCAGCCCUUAACCCUACUGCUGCUAAUACUGGCUUUCAAGUUCCAACACACCUUACCAAGAUGACUGAUGAAGCCUGUCAAUUAAUCUCAUCCGUAGUAUUGGUCAUGGCAGAAUUACCAAACUUGUGUUCUCCUGCAGGAUCAGUGACUAUUCUUCCCACAAUUUUGUAUCUGAUUACCAGUGUUUUGCGUGAAACUGCUGCUAGAUCAGCUGAACGGAAAUCACCAGUCAUUGUCACAUCAUGCCUGCAGUGUUUGAAAACACUAUGCUCUUCUCAGUUUAACAAAGAAGAUACCGUGUCUAAUGACUGGUUAAAAAUGCUACAGAGUUCUUUAGCAACUAUAUUAGAUUUUUCUCAACCAGGAGAAGACAAACCUGGUCUUGAUGAAAGUACUCUUAUUCUAACUCUGGCUGUGUUUGCCAUGUCCAGUCCAAAAGAAGUAACAGCAGUACCAAAUUUGAUGAACCCUUCAUUGGAAAUUUUCAAAGAAGCUUGGGAUUCUAAAAAUGUGGAUCUUCAGUUGAAGAGCAUUCAGACUUUUAUCUCCAUUCUACAACAUACAGACCGUGCUGUUUACACACCAUUUAUCCAUGCCUUAGCUCCCAAAGUUACUGAGUAUCUUUAUUCAAUUACUAAUGAACAGCCUCAAAGUGAGACAGAGCUCAGCCUGAUCUUUGAAUCUAUAAAGAUGCUGGAAACAUUAUUAGAUUUGGCUGAUGAUGAGAAACGUGUGAAUAUUAUUCUGGUACUUGUUCCUAUCUUGAUUUCAUUUUUACUCAGUGAUAAAAUACUGGUGUCAUGUUCCCCAGCAUCUAAGUUCUUACAUGACCAUGCAUUGCAGCGUCUUAUGAAAGUCGGUCCUUUGUAUCCAAAAGAUUUUCGCAGGGCAAUGAGUUCUGCUGCAGAUCUCAAGCCUCGUUUGGAAGCUGCAGUGAAAGCAAACCAGACAUCCCAAAAAAUGGCACCAAACCAACAGAAUAUGAAGCUCAGUGCUCAACCAACGAAACCCACUAUAACUUUGAAGACUGACUUCAGCAACUUCACUGGUUGACUUUGUUUUUGAGUUUUUGAUUUUUGGACCAGCCUCUCACAGAAGUGCAACAGCUCUGUGUGUAGAGGCCAAGAAAUUCAAGCUGAUAAAGUUAUAUAGACCCAGAGAUUUGCACUCAUACACUCACACGUCUAUAUUAUACAUUUGUAUCUACCAACCUAUAGAUAUGUUCCCAAAAUAUACAUAAAUUGACGUUUUAAUGACCAAAUAUGAAAUUAAUUUCCAAAGAGAAUUCUGCAUUCAUAUAUAUUUCUGUGCAAAAUAUUUGACGGAUACUAUUCUGCCAUCUCUGAGUGCUAAUAAUGAUCUACUUCUAACAGCCACCCCUCCCCAUCAAACAACAAGGAUCUUUCUUUUUGUUGUUCAAACUGCUAAUAUGUAUGUAAACUCAAUAGUCCACUGCUGGUCUUUAAUCCAUUUCAUUAAUUUACCACCUUUACACCCGUUUAAAUUCUCCAUUUCUUUAUUGCCCCACUCAAUGGAACUAAGAAACUUUUGGUAAAUGGAACUAAAAAUUUUGUUCCCUCUUUUCCCCCAACUUUUUAAUUUGGCAUAUAGUUUUAAAAAGUUUAACUCUAAACAUAAACUGAAGUUGUGGAGUUCUAAAAUUUCUUAUAAGAAAUUUUUGAAUUUUGAAAUUCUUACACCUCAGAUCUUCAUUUUGUUAACUAAAUUGCUGCUUUUUAUUUUAACUCCAUUUUUAACGAUAAAGCUUCUGUUAAGCGUAGCAGCAUAGCUAUUGUUUCUAUUGUAGUACAUACAUUUUGAUAAUCUACCAUACCAGCAUGGAACAAGAUGACACAAUAAUGGGGUUAAAAUUUAUUAUUAUUAAUUGUAUUAUUAAUAAACUAAAAAUCAUUAAUAUGGAAGCACUUGAGAUUGUGUAAAGAAAA